CACACCUAUAAAACCCUCCGGCCCUCUCCGCCGUUCCACAUCACCAUCACCACCACCACUUCACCGGAGCAGGAACACAGAACCACCUCCACCGACCGACCGACCGACGAUGCGGGCGAGCUGCAACGGCUGCCGGGCCCUGCGCAAGGGCUGCGCCGACGACUGCACCAUCCGCCCCUGCCUGACCUGGAUCCGGGGCGCCGACGCGCAGGCCAACGCCACCGUCUUCCUCGCCAAGUUCUACGGCCGCGCCGGGCUGCUCAACCUCCUCGCCGCCGGCACCGACCCCGCCCUCCGCCCGGCGCUCUUCCGCUCGCUGCUCUACGAGGCGUGCGGCCGGGUGGCCAACCCCGUCUACGGCGCCACCGGGCUCUUCACGACGGGCCAGUGGGAGGCGUGCCAGGACGCCGUCCAGGCCGUCUUCGAGGGCCGCCGCAUCCCCGUCCCGUCCGGGGACUUCAGGCAUCCCGGCUUCGUGGCGGCCUUCGACGUCCGCCGCCAUGUCCCCAGGCCCAAUGUCGUCCCUGCGCCUGCAAACGCCGCCGGCCCGCUCGGCGUGUCGCACGCUGGGCGCACCAUGUUCAAGCGCGCGUCCUCCUCUUCGACGGCCAAAUCCAAGAGCCCCUCCGGCGCCAAGCGCGACGGUGACCUCGACCGCGUGCCGAGCCACGGCGAAUCGGCCGGCAGCCACGACCACGUCGAAGACGACGGCGUGGCGGUGGCAGUGGCAGCCAAGCAGGUGAGGGGAGAGUCCGGGGACACCGAGGCUGAGGCGGCCUCGCACGUCAGCCAGGCAGAGCGGAACCCCCCAGUGCUGCCGCAGGUGGCCCGCGACGACGACGAAAUUGGGCUGGAGCUGACGCUCGGGUUCGGGCCGUCAACGCGCGUGAUGAGGUCGCCGCCGGCGCGCUCCGACGCGGCCAGCAGCUCGGGCGCCGAGUGCGGCCACAUCGGCCUGCUGCUUGACCUGCCGGUGUGAGACAAGAGACGCGGCGACAGUGCCGUCCUUCCUACUGCUGGCUGGGAGAGAGAGAGACAAAAAUGGCAGUUUUUUUGGGAUCAUCGUUCGUGUCAUACUGACACCAGUGAGUAUAAGAGAGAAGAAUAAUGCCGUACCUGAAACCUGGAGAUUUUCAAAUUAAAUUCAAGAAGUAUCUGUGUAUGCUGAGUA